AUGGAAGCGAUCGAGUCCGGCGACGAGGCCGGCGUCAAGCGAUGCCUCGACGACGGCGCGGACCCGCUCUUCGCGGACGACGAGGGCUUCACCGUCCUUCACAUGGCGUGUCAGGAGGGCCUCGACGCGAUCGCGACGAUGCUCUUGAGAAAAGGCUCGCCGAUCGACGCGACGGACGACGACGGGACGACGCCGCUGAUGCUCGCGUGCUCCGGGGAGCACGCGGACUGCGUCGCGAUGCUGGUCAAGGAGGGCGCGGACGGCGCGUCCUCGCGUCUGUUGGAGGCGUGCGAGGCUGGGCGGACGAGGGCGGUGGAGGCGAUGCUCGCCGGCGGCGCCGACGUCGCGGCGACGGACGACGACGGGUGGACCGCGUUGCACUUCGCCGCGAGCGAGGGCGGCGCGGACCUCUGCGAGCUUCUCUUGAGCAGAGGGCUGAGAGCGGACGCGAAGGCGAAGGACGGGAGCACGCCGAUCGAUCUCGCGGAGGAGGAGGAGCACGACGAAGCGAUGGAGGUGUUGAAGAAGUCGCUCGAGUGA